AAUUCCAUCCGAAAUAAACCGAUGGUGGGCUCAACCUAAUUAGAAGGAACCAAGAUCCAUUAGUCCCACAAUCCGGGGAAAACUAAUCAACCCACCUAUGAAUACAACGGCUAAGUUAAUGGUAAACCCGAUGCUUGCUAAAAUUUAGAUAUCGCUUGUUUGUUUUGUGCACUUUUCCCAUAAGGGUAAGAGAAAAUCGAUCUCCCCAACCCAAAAUUCUCAUUGCAAAACUCCCAUAUUAAUCCUUAACAAAUUAAUUGUGGGGGCCUUUUUUUUUUUUUUAACAACUAUGUCGACAGAAGUCUCCCAUUUGAGUGAGGUGGCAAUAGCUCUAUUCCUGUGGACACUUUGGGAACUCAGAACAGAAGAAACAGAACUACCUGCCCUCACCUGUUCUGUUUCUCCAUAGCGAUCACACAGUUCCUCCUUUUAUCUUAUGACCAUGUUUCUUCGCCAAGGAUCUUCCCAGCCACAAGAGCAGGAGCAUCAUGAGCAGCAAUCUGAGGCCAAGGUCAGUGAGUUGAAAGUCGCUCUUGGUCCACUUUCUGGACGCAACUUGUUAUUUUGUAAUGAUGCAUGCCUGAAAAGAUAUCUGGAAGCUGGUAGCUGGAAUGUAGACAAAGCAAAAAAACUGGUGGAAAAUACGCUUAUGUGGAGAUCUACUUAUAAACCUGAAGAAAUCCGUUGGGCAGAAGUGGCAGUUGAAGCUGAAACCGGUAAAAUGUUCAGAGCCAGCUUUCAUGAUCGCUUUGGAAGGACUAUACUGAUAAUGAAACCUGCAUUGCAGAAUACAACAUCAAUGGACUGCCAGAUCAGACAUCUGGUGUACAUGUUGGAAAAUGCCAUCAUGAAUCUUCCAGAAGGCCAGGAAGAAAUGGUAUGGUUGGUAGACUUCACUGGAUUAUCUUUCAGAUUCAAUGUGUCAAUUAAGACUGCCCAAGACACUGUAAGUAUACUACAGAAUCACUAUCCUCAGAGGCUCAGCAUGGCAAUAUUAUACAACCCGCCCCUCAUAUUUGAAGCAUUUUGGAAGAUUGUUAAAUACUUCUUGGAUCCAAAAACAAUCGAUAAGAUCAAAUUUGUGUACCCAAAGAAUGAAAAAAGCGUGGAGCUCAUGAGAUCAUACUUUGAUGUGGAUAAUCUUCCUACCGAAUUCGGUGGAAAAGCAACCAUGAAAUAUAACCAUGAAGAUUUUUCAAAGUUAAUGGUUCAGGAUGACAUGAAAGCUGCGAAAUUUUGGGGUUUUGAUGAAAAAAUGGUUUCUUCAGAAACUACCGGCAACCAUGCUACUGCUGGAGUAGUAAUUGCUCCUGUGCCCGAGUCUGUUAGUUAGCCUGACAAACUGUGGACAGUUCCUG